AUGUUUACGCCGAACGACAUUCCUCCGUCCCUCGAGUCAGCUCCAACCUUCCGCCCUCCCCCGGAAAACGAGGCCGCGCAAAGCGCAAGCGCGUACGACCUCGUUCCGCCGUCCCUCGAAUCAGUCCCGACCUUCCGCCCACCCCCCGCCGAUAGCGAAUCCUCACGGGGGCUUGGCAUUCCACGAGGGAAUGGAAAGGCUUCGGAUUUAAACAUUUCAAUAUCGCUCUCGACCAAUUCAAGGGAGACUCAGGGCGGAGGUAUUGAUCCUAACGGGGGCGACUAUAACGAAGAUGAUGACCGGGAUGGGGUGUUAUCCCCCGCUACUCCCACUUUCACCUCGUCAGGCGUGAAAACGAUCCGACCUGCAAGAAGCCCUGGACACGUGGCUCAUCCAGAACCAUCCGGCCCACACGAUCUCACCUUCUCUCGACCCAAUCACGCCUCCGCUCCCGCCAACCAUGGGGUCCCCGCCGAACGCCCUCCGCGCAGCUCCUCCCGCGGCCCGCGCGACCUCUCCGCGCUCACCAUCAGCUCCCCCCAUCCCAGCAGCAGCUCCGCGCGCACCCCGCGCGACCUCUCCGCGCUUACCGCGCUGCUGGAGCCUCCGCGGGAGAUGCGCCACAGCGGCAGCUUCCGCAGCAGCAGCGCGAGCGGACCGGGCGCAACCCCCAGGGGGAUGAGGAGCGGAAGCUUCCGCGCAAGCACCCUCCGCAGCAACAGCAGCAGCGGGGGCGGAGGCGGUGUGGGCGGCGGGGGUGUAGGUUUAGGGGGAGGCAACACCGGUGGCAGUAAGGGAUUUGGCACACGUGACUAUAACGAGGGGAAGGGAGGCCAGGAGGUGGUGCAGGGUAAGGAAUUGGAGCAGAGCUUUCCAGGUACUCCGAAAUUCCUGCCCGAAAAUUUGGGGUUGGAGAGGCCGGUCAGCCCGCUGAGAAGUCCAUCUGCCCGGAUGAAAGCUGGGGAGGGGGUUACGGCAGGACUUCUGAACAGGCUUAUGCUGGCUGAUCCCUUGGGAGCAGGUGGGGAGGCAGGGGGGAGUGGGAGUGGGAUUGGUGGGGAGAAAAGGGAUGGAAGGGGAGGUGAAACACAGGCAGACAGGGAGAAGGUGGAAGUAAAGGUCGGAGAGGAGGCAGGAGAAAGGGUAGAAGGAAAGGUGGAAGGAGAAGAAAUGGGGAAAACGCAAAGGGCAGUUGUUGAGGAAAGGAAUGAAAGAGGAGAGGUAGCAGAGGAGAGAAGUCGGCAGCCUAGUCAGCAGCCUAGUCAACAGCCUAGUCAGCAGCCUAGUCUGCAGCCUAGUCAGCAAGCAGGUGAAGGGCAAGAGACAGGGGGCAGUCAAGGAGUUAAGGCAGCAAGAGAGGGCCUACCCAAGCAAGGCAUAUCCAUUGAAAUCCCAACCAGCCCUGUAGCCUUCCCUUGGGCAGCUUCCGAACCUUCUGCAGUUGCCGAAGCUGGCGCCGAAGCUGUGGGUGCUGAAGCUGGGUACGUUCGGCUGGCCAUCGAAGCUCCGCGCCGAAGCAGCUUUGAUCUGGCGUCUCCGUUGGCCCAAGCCGUGCUGCCUCGAGAUGUUUCCAUGUUCCUGGGAGAGAGUGAGGGAGUGAGUGAGAAAGUGAGUGAGGGAGUGAGUGAGAAAGUGAGUGAGGGAGUGAGUGAGAGAGAAAGAGAGGAUGGAGGCGUGCAGAAUGUGAGUGAAGCAGAAGGGAGGAGUGAGAAAGGAGGGGAUGGUGUGGGAGACGGUGGGGGGGAAGGAGGUGAUCGGGGAAAAAAGGCUGGAGAAGGGAGGGACGAGAACGGUGCUGCUGCAGAUGCUGCAGCUGCUGCAACAGGAACUAAUGCAGCUAAUACGCUUCCUGCUCACAGUGUUUCUAACGGCAUUCCUCCGAAACCGAAGCGGCGAAGCGAGAAGGGCGAGGGGAAGGAGAGGGAGAAGAAGGAGAGCAGCAAGAGCAGCAGCAAGAGCGGCAGCGGCAGCGAGAAAACUAGCAGCAAAACGCGUAGCAGAGCGAGCAGUAGGGCCAGCAGCAGGGGUAGUGAGAUUGAGGUAGCUGUUGAGUCAGAGGCAGUUUCUAGGUCAGUUUCGGAAGCCAGUUUAGCUAGUGCGAGCACUGAGAGAAUCGUGGAAGGUGAAGAAAGUGGGAAAACGGAUACGGGUACUGAGAAAGACGGGGAUAGAAAGCAUAAGAGCAGCAGUAGCAGGAGCAGUAGCAGGCACAAGGACGAGAGUAAAAGCAAGGGCGGGAGCAGCAGCAAGUCUAAGAGUGAGGAGAAAGAGAAGGAACGAACGAAGGAUAGGAGUGACGAUAAGGAGAAGAGACGAGGAAGAGAGGGGGCCGGUGAGAAAGAGAGGGAGAGAUCGAAAAGCAAGGACAGGCAUAAGGAGAAGAAGAGGGAUGAAGCGGAGAAGGGGGAGGGGAAGGAGGGAGAGAGGGAUGAGGGGAAGGAGGGAGAGAGGGAUGAGGGGAAGGAGGGAGAGAGGGAUGAGACGAAGAAGCAUUCGUCUCGUUCCAGUAAAAGCAGGUCAGAAGGAGAGUCGAGAAAGGAGCGAGAGGGAAGCAGCAAGGAGAGCAGCAGUAAGAGGGACAGCAAGAGAGGUAGUAAAGAAAGCAGUAAGGAAAGAAGCAAGGGGAGCAGCAGGUCGAGCAAGGACAAGGAAGCGAAAAAGAGCAAGCAUGGGACUAAAGAGGGGAGGGAUCCAGAGGGGGAUGAAAGCAUGGAUGCUAGUAUUGCAUCUGAGAGUGUGGGUGGGUCGAGCAGACGAGGCGAGGUGGAGAGUCAAGAAGGGACGGAGAGGAGUUGCAGCAUUGGGGAAGACGGUUUUCACCCGGGGUUUUGGGAAACCCUUGCUGCUGGUGGCAGCAGUGCUGGUGCUGCCGCUGCUGGUACUGCUGCUGCUGGUAGUGCUGCUGCUGGUGCUGCUGGUGCUGCUGCUGAUGUUGCCGCUGAUGGUACUGUGGAUGAGGAAUCAUCUACACGCAUGCCUCCUAAGACUCCUAGAACCCUUCUGGGGGGUUUCGGGGGUUCAGGGUUUAACAGCCGCAGCACGGGCAAUAAAGACUCGCUCUCUCGUCCGAGCACCUCGUCUCGACCCUCCACCUCCCUCUCCUCGCGCCCCGGCACGUCGUCUCGCAAGUCUGGAGCGUCGAGUUUGAAUUUUGUCGAGAGCGAGUUUGACGCGAUUGUGCAGGAGUUUUCCCGGUCGAAAUCGACGGGUUCAAAAGGGGUUUCGGCUGGGAGACGAACGGGGGAUGGGAGGAAAGAGGGGGGAGGGGUGUUGGAGGAGGAGGGGGAAGGGGAGAGGGGAGAGGAGGGUGAGGGAGAGGGAGAGGAGGAAGUGGGGACGUAUGGGAAGGAGCCGGUGUUGAGAGGUGAAGGGAAGGAGGGGAAGGAGGGGAAAGGGGAGGUGAAGGGGGAGAGGAAAGGAGCAGCAGGAGGGGCGGCUGGACGUGCAGCAACAGCAAUGGCAGCUGCGUUUCGCGAGACCUCUCAAAGGGCUGUAGCGACAGCUUCAUUCGCGCCACCCCCCUCGCCCCGUGUGCUUCUAUCGAAGGUUGAGAAGCUGUGGAAAAGCUCAGGAAGAAGGUCACAUGGGAAAGGAGGAGGAGCAGGGGGUGGUGACGCUUCAGAUGUCCUUGUGAUUUCUCAUGAAGGGGAGGAAGAGACUGAUCCAGUGGAAAUGCUGAGGCGGGUGGAAGAGGAGCAAAAGAAGCGAGGAACUGCGGGCGCGCAAGGGUGGGGGGCAAUUGGGCAUUUAAAUGCGGAUGAUAGGAGGAUGUUUUGGAGGCCUUCUUUACCGCGGUUGGAAGAAGGCGAGCUGGACGAGGAGACUGUUUCGGACUCUGAAAAGACACCCAAAGACCGUAGGUCAAAAUCGUCGUUAGUUUAA